GCGCUGGGCUGCGCGGCCGCGGCGCUGAUCCCCGCGGCUGACGUGAAGGUGGAGGUGCUGCAGAAGCCCUUCCUCUGCCACAGGAGGACGAAGUGGGGGGACAUGAUGCUGGUUCACUACGAGGGCUACUUGGAGAAGGAUGGCUCCAUGUUUCACUCCACUUAACCUACCUCUCUAAGAGAAGUUCUAGUGAUGCUCUAAGUUUUUGCUGCUGACUAACUUCUUCACAAGCAUAACAAUGGCCAACCUAUGUGGUUUACCCUUGGCAUAAGGGAAGCUAUCAAAGGCUGGGACAAAGGCUUGAAGGACAUGUGUGUGGGAGAGAAGCGGAAGCUAACUAUUCCACCAGACCUUGCUUAUGGAAAAGAAGGGAAAGGAAAAAUUCCACCUGAGAGCACACUGAUUUUCAACGUUGACCUUCUAGAAAUCAGGAAUGGACCAAGGUCUCAUGAGUCAUUCCAAGAGAUGGAUCUUAAUGAUGACUGGAAACUGUCCAAGCAAGAGGUGAAAAUUUACUUGAAGAAAGAAUUUGAAAAGCAUGGAGCAGUGGUAAAUGACACCCAGCAUGAUGCUUUGGUUGAAGACAUAUUUGAUAAAGAAGAUGAAGACAGUGAUGGGUUUAUAUCUGCAAGGGAAUUUACAUACAAGCAUGAUGAGCUGUAGAAAAGAGUGGCAUAAUUUUUUUGACACAAAUGGCAGUGACUUAGACUGUCUGCUUCUCUUGUCAUCUUAAUUCUGUGUUUUGGAGUUGACAGCUGCUGUUGGCAAAGAAACACUCUUUGUUUAUGUAAAAGACAAUUUCUGUUUAUUAUGUACAAAUGUUUUAAAUGAUUUUAAAAGUAUGAAAAUGUACCUCUUUUUAUGCAGCAAAUACUUGCACAUCAGUGUUUAAAAUUUUGUAUUAACUUAUUUUUCAGAAAUGAAACAAACUUUACAGUUAUCAAACAUUGUGAAAACCGAAAUCCAGUUCAGUGCCUUAAUGUGAUUUGUUUGUGUGUUAAGAUCACUUUCAGUGACUCCUUGACCUUCCUUCUUGUGUGUCACUGCUUAAAAAGCAGUGUGCUGACCUUUCUUUUUUUUCUGCAGAUUUUUAAAAGGUGUACUAGAAGGCAUUAGCAUCUCUAUACAGCUGAGAAACUGAUACAAAGCUGAAUGAUAAGUGACUAUUCUGUGCUGAUUUUGCUCUUCUAAAGGAGGAGUGUUACCAACCUGUCUGCAAUUUCCUUUUAAAUUAUGUGAACAAAGGAGUUAAAUGUCAGACUUCCAAUGUCAGGAACAUUCUAGGGGAUGUCUGUAAUUUGGAAAAUGGCAAGUUAUGCUGCAGUGCAGAGGUGGUGUCCUUUACUUAUACACACGCAUUUAUUUUGAAACUCGGAGUUUGCAUUCAUGAAGAAAGAUCAUACCUUUUUCUCAAGUUCUGAGGAAGAUCUUGAGCAAAAUGUUACAAGUCUGAAGUCUCUUUCACUUGCAGAAGGGGAAGAGUAUACUGACAGGAGGAUUAGUAUGGCCUGAAGAACAAUUUGCAUUGGCUUGCCUGUUUUGCAAUUGCCUGAGUUGCAGAACUUUUUUCAUCAUUGCCCCUCUCCAGUGGUUUUACAAGCAGCACACAAGUGAUGUGAAUUUUAAAUAAUAAAGCGACUUUUUAGUAAACGGGCAUGAUGUGAAUGUUACAGUGCUCUCUCUUCAGAGGUCAAGACCAUGAGGAUUUCAACUCCAUUUUGUGUGGCUUUGAACUGUUUCUGGGGAGGAACAAACAUUCUGCAAUUGUCCAUGGUUUCUUAAAUGAGAGGGCAGGGUAUCUCAGGGAAGGAACUAUCCUGUAUUCUAGCACCACUAACAUACGCAUCUCUGAAUGCAGUAUUUUACUUGAAAAAUGUUGCUCAGGGCUAUGUAGGGACUCAUAGCAAAUGCAGUUCUAUGAACUCGAGAUUGCUGCAUUGCACUAAUCCAUAAUUCUAUGAUCAAGGUUCUCAGUGCCUUAGAUGAGCUAGAUGUUUUCCCUGCCACCUAGUGAUGCAAAGAAGUAUUAGAAGACUACUUUAUUGAAGAGUUCAGCUGUAUAUGGACAUUGCUGAUUGCUGUCAAUAGUGACUGUUUUAGGGGGGAAAAAAUUAUGAGUGAAGGUGUGCAGUGGUGGGGUUUUUUCUGUUUUGUUGUUUCCUUACAGCAUCUGUCAUUUUGUGGCUGAUGGCCUACAUGGUAUGGAAUUAUAGCCACUUUGUUUUGAGUAACCUUUAGGUUAUGCUUUCCUCAGUGAUGCCAUCUAGUUUUCUUGAACCCAUUUAUACUUCCAUAAUGUUCUAUAGCAGUGAGUUUCAUAGUAGAAUAGUGUAUAACAAUAUUUCCCUUUGUUUUCAGUGGUGUUGCCUGUCCUGACUCUUGUAUUUUUGAGGAAGUAGUGAAUAAUCAUUACCUAUUCAGCUCUUCCUACCAGUCAUGAUUUUGUCUGUUGAUACUUUUUUUUCUCAGCAAUUAUAAAAAUCAGGUUUGCCUAACUUCAGCUCUCCCUAGACUGUUUCCAUGUUCUGUGCUGAGUAUCUUUGAUUACCCCUGCAGUCAUCAGAGCACUAGGUGCCUGGGGGCAACUCAUCACGUAUAUGAUGUUAUGUAUUGGAUUAGAUGCCUUAUCAAAUAGAGUUUCCUGUCUCUCCAUUGACUACAUGGGGAGACUAGGCAACUGGCAUAGCCUAGACUGGGGGGGGGUGGGGUAGUAUAAAGCUGACCCUGAAGGCAGUCUUGCUUAGGAUGUGGGAACUGGCAGGUACCCAACCAGCCAAAGGGGAAAUACUCUGUGCUGCUGGGAAGAGCAGAACUGAGACUUGUGUUCUGUCUGUCAGGGUUUUAGACAAUUGUUUACAGUGUUUAGCAUGUUCUGUGAAUGUCUGGCUGGGGAAUGGAAGCAUAAAAGCCUGAAAUAAAAUUUGGCCCAGAUUACUGACCAAAUAUAUAAAAAGCUUAAAUAAUGGGGUGACAUCAUGUGCCUUCAGUAAGGGCCAACUGUUGUUUCCUUUAUAUUAAUUAGGAGUUUGGAGUGAGUGAAUACUGUGAAAAAUACAUAUGCAUUAUCUUGUGCUUAGAUUUUUAAACCAUUUCAUAAGAAUAAGUGAACAUGUAGUUAAUUUGUUAGUGCUAGCACAGUAUUAAAGCUGCAGGGCCAAGAUUCUUUAUUUGGUGUUGUGUGUAGGUUUAUGCUAGAUGAGUGGAUGGGUUUUGUUCUUAGUGCUUUUCUUGGUAGCUGUGUUAAAUUUCUGAAAUUGAACUGAAAGAAGAAAUUUGGAAGUGCAGAAUCAGUAGUAGAUGUGAGAAGACACUUCAAUUUUAUUACUGUUUCCUAUUGUUAAAGAAGACAACUGAUUUCUUGGGUAGAAAUACCACUGCCUGUCUUAACCUCGGUUGCAUCUGCCUGUUAAUCCACAGGGCAUACUGCUGCAGUGCUAGCAGGAGCCAGCUAGCUACCUGAGGGGAGGAGGAAUACUGGAAUUUAUCAGUGGCGCUCUGGUAACGUUUUGGCUGGCUUGUGUGUGAAGCACGAGGUGUAUUUCCCCUGAAGAAAGAAACCCUCAUUGCGUGUCUGUAAAACGCAGCAUUGGAAAAAUUGGAGCAGGCUCAAAACAGAGCACUUUCCUGCAGCUUAUAUCCUUCACAGGUUUCUUGUUUUGUGGUUAUAUAGGAAAAUAUGUACUGAUGAUUUUUAGAACUGCAGCCUGUCACUCACAGCCACCACCUAGCAAUUACAGUGGGAUUUGCUGUCUUCGGUAGGUUAAGAAGCAGCCCUCAGAGUUCAUUCUUGUUUGAAAAUUCUUGAUAUGCAGUGCAAUGACACAAGAAAGCUUUUGGCAAAGCUUCAGGAAUGGUGCUUCUAGUCUGAAAUGUUUUUUAAAGCUUUCUUCUUUGAGAUCAACUGACAAGGCAAACUGUUGAAGGAAUCACUUUAUUAGGUCUUAAAUCUUUGCUUUUCAUUAAUUUACGCCCUUGUGCAGCCAGCAACAUCCCUAGCAUAGAGGUGCUUUGGCGAGUGCUAUAUGUGACUGAGUCAAAAUUGCAGUGUCAAGUGCGUAUCAAAAAAUCUGCUACCAUAGUUUCUUCUUCAUGAUGUUUAGAAUGAAAAGUGUUUUCUGGGUACUUCAGUGUAAAAAUAGGCAGUACAGGUCAGUCUUUAAAUUACAAUUGUCUUUGUCAUAUGUGAUCCUCACACCCCAUCGUUUCUGCUGUUAGAUAUGAGGUGGUCUAUCCCUUAAUCCAGAAAUCCCAGUUUCAGAUGGCAGGUGAAUAUCAGCAGGAUGGGGAGACCUCAUUGGUUGGGGACAAACUGGGAAAAGGGGCAAAGCUAGAGGAAGUUGGUGAGAGUGAGUGGAAGUACCCCAAGUGAUGUGUGAAAUGCAAAAGAUUUUGUUUCCUCGGUCUUUUGGCAUCUGCUUACUUGGAAGAAAGAACACUGGCAGCCACUGAUGUUGGUACUACAAAUAAUAAGGCUGGUUCCUGAUCUUUGAUUAGAAAUCACUGCUUUAGACAGUUUCUGUAUGGAUUUUCACUCUUACAACAAAGGUUAGAUGCACACUUCUAAGGUCCAUUAAAGAAUAUUCAGAAUAGGUAUGUUGAGUUUGCUUCUUAAAAAUAAUUUGGCCUCAUCAUAGAGCUUUUG